AUGCACGUGACGGCCGAUGACAGGGAGGUGGAGAGCGUGGCCGUGCCUUCUACUCCUCCUCCUCCUCCUCCUCCUCCUCCUCCUCCCCCACCGCCCCUGCUGCCAGGGCUAGGAAACCCCGUAGGAGGCCUGACGAGGAAGAAGAGCGUGAGGAGUUUCUUUUGGAAAACGAUACCAGAGGAUAAGGUGAAGGGGCAUGCCAACCUGUGGACUCAGGGCCGAGUCCAGCAGCACCAGAUCGACGUGCAGACCAUCGAGGAGCUGUUCAGUACGAACGAGCGUCAAAACGCCAAGACGCCCAGUGGAGAGAAGCCCAGGAGCUCAUACGGAGAGCCCAAAGAGGAGGUAACCAUACUUGACUCUAAGCGAGGGAUGAACAUCGGGAUUUUCCUCAGAAAGUUCAAGAGGUCCAAUCAGACGAUAGUAGACGAUAUUCACCAUGGCAACGGCGAGCCUUAUGGGGCGGAGCCUCUGAGAGACCUGCUGAAGAUGAUGCCCGGGAAAAAAGAGGUGGAGAAGCUGAGGGCGUACCAAGGAGACGUCUCUAAGCUCUCAUUGGCUGAUUCCUUCGUCUACCUGCUGAUCCAGCUCCCCAGUUACUCGGUGCGUAUCGAGUCCAUGCUGCUGAAGAAGGAGUUUCCCGGAGCGUGCGAGGUCAUGAAACAAAACAUUAUGAUCCUUCGCUCCGCCACCAAAGAGUUGAUGUGUUGUGAGGAACUCCAUGCUGUCCUCCACCUGGUGCUGCAGGCCGGAAACCUGCUCAACUCUGGAGGUUAUGCAGGAAAUGCAGUGGGUUUCAAACUGUCGUCUCUUCUGACUCUGGCUGACACCAAGGCCAACAAACCGGGCAUGAAUCUGCUGCACUUUGUCGCUCUGGAAGCUCAGAAAAAAGACACCAAUCUGUUGGAGUUUCCGCUGAAGUUGAAGCACGUUCAGCCUGCAGCGAGGAUCUCCUUGGAGACGCUGGACACUGAUCUGCAGUGUCAGACGUCUCGCACGCGCUCAGUAGAGGAGAAAGUCCAGAGAGACACGGAGCUGCAGCAGCAGAUGGACAGCUUCCUGCAGUCGGCCUCCUCGACCCUGAGCUCGCUGCGCGUCAGCCGGCAGCAGCUGAAGCAGGAAGGCAGCGAGCUGAUCGACUUCUUCUGCGAAGACCGAGAGACGUUCAGACUGGACGAAUGCUUCGCCAUCUUCGACAUCUUCUGCUUCAAGUUCACUCACGCUGUCAAGGAGAACAUGGAGAGGGAGGUGAAGGAGGCCGCCAGACUCAGGAGGUUACAGGAGCUGGAGGAGCAGAAGAGACACUCGUGGGCCCCAGCCCACAGCCAUGAGGUCAUCGGAGCAUUCGGGCUGCGCUACAGCAGCGAGACGAACAUGUCGGCCGCCGCGUCACGACACGACGAAGACGCGUCCGCCGCCGCGCUGCUGGCGGAGCUCCUGAGCCCGAAGUGCCGCACGCGACGUUCCCGAAACUCUCCGUGUAGCUCGGGGUUCAUCGCCGCUGACCCCGACCUGAGCACGUUCCUGGGGAUGGCUAAACCGGACGCAAAAGAGGCUACGACAGCUUUUCUAUCAGCCUCGCCCAACAAACGUGGAACUCCAGGACUCUCGGGAACGAGCAGCUUCCCCCAAAACAAGCAGCCUCAGGCGGGCCCGAUGGCGCCGCAAACCUCCUUCUCGCCUCCCAAGACUCUUUUCGGCGAACAAAACGCAAACAACCGCACAACCGCCACUUACCUCGGCGACGACGCUACCCAGAAUCGUGCGAGUGAAGUCACAGUGAACGCUACCUCGGAUUCGAACCGGCAGUCCGACCACAACAACGACGACGACGACGACGAUGGCGAGGGUCGACUGGGAACGCUUUUUUCGAAAGGGAGAACAAGCCGAGCCGAUCAGGAGUUGAGCGAACGGAUCGAGCGCAACGCUUCUACGACUACGGGCGCCAUGUCUGUGGUUUUAGAGAAACACACGUUGGUGCCUGAGCUGAAAGCGUUCGACCGAGUGGCGAUCGCAGAUUUGGAAGAAGAAGAAGAAGAGCGAGCGGACACGAAGGUGCAGAAGAACGCGGAAAAAUCUGAGCGGAGAAACUCUUCCGGCGAGGAAGACGAGGUGGUCGUUUGGUGCGUGGCGGGUGUGUGCGAGACGGCCGGCAAGCUCGCGCACGCUGACGACACGCACGCACAAACUGAGCAGGAUCAGCGUAGGAGCGACGAUCAGCAAUCGUCUUCUCCCCCAGCCAAUCGCACGCCUUCAGAACCUCAGCCAGCCAAUGAGAAGCCAGCGUCUGUGCCAAUCAGCAGCCAACCGGUGCCCGCGUCCCGCUGCGAUGACCCAUCACGUCCCGCCCAGUCCCCCGCGUGGCGCCCGGCGCAGCCCUCGUCAGCCAAUGACGCGCCGGCUCUCGCCGCAGUUACCUCGGAGGACACUACGGAGACAGCCAAUCGACGAAGGGAGGAAGCAGACGACAGAAGCGGAAACGAGACCGCUUCCUGUCUCGCGACCAAUGAGAACACAGAAGCGGUUUCCUCCACCAAUGAAAAGGAAGAAUCGGAGUCCAAAACAGCCAAUCAUACCUCGAGAGCUCGACCCGCGGGGGUGAAACCAGCCUCCGACGCUAACAAAUGCAGGUCUGUCCGAACCCUCACCUGCUCGGAGCACCAGGACAUGAGGCGCCUCGUGCCCAUCUCCAGACCCAGCCGAGGUGCUCCAUUCCUGGGCAGGCGUCCCGAGAAGCCUCCUGGCCUCCAGCGGGGGCUCCUCCAGCGCGCUGCAGCCGCUGCCGUCUCCAACCCAAGCGCGUCCCCGAGGCGAGCACAGAGGCCGUCGACUGCCCCUUCGUCUCGCCGCUCCAGCUUCUCCAAGGAGUCCACGGACCCCGAGGUCUCCGCCACGGACCCCAAGGUCUCCGCCACGGACCCUAAGGUCUCUCCGAGGAGGCCGUCCGUCAGAAAGCCCUCGGCGGCGAGGCCCAGAGCGCCCCCGGAGGAGAAGAUGUGUCGCUCCACGCUGCGCUCGCUCUCUCAGAACGCAGCGCUAGCGGCCGGCGGCAUCCCCGUCCCGUUACACAAGGCCGGCUCUUCUUCCUCGCUUCAAGGCUUCGCCCGAAGCACCGCCUCGUCUUUCUUCAGACAAGCGCACGCCACUCUCUCGGACUCCUCCUCUAAAUCCUCCUCUUCGCCACGCGUCACUUCUUCUUCUUCUUCUUCGCUGCCUCUCACCCGAGCUGGCUCGCUGAGAGUCCCCCGGUCCGCAGACCUCCUAAACCUGUCCUCCUCCUCCUCUUCCUCGCUGACGGGGUCUCAGAGCGCCAGGGCCAGUCCUCGCCGGGUCCCACCGGUGGCCCCUAAAGGCCACGGCGGCGGGCGGGACGACAGCGGAGGCAUCUCCGCUGACAAGUCGGCCAGGCCGAGCUGGAGAUAAGAAAAAGAUAGCCAUGUACCCACCUGACCAGCACUAAUCAUUUCUGGUAGAAUAACAAGUCUCUAUAAAGAGGUAGAAUACAGAGAUGUCAGCGAUAGAUUUACUAAACAACAGCCUUGGACCU